AAAUUACAGUUACAAUCAGGAUGCUUAGCAAGAUGGAAGCUAAAAAUGAUUUAAUUCAAAAUGUGCGCUCGAAAAAAUUAUUGAAAACUAUUUCGGAAAAAGUGAACAACAAUGAAUUGCCACUCGAUUUGCGCAGCCCCAGUGCCAAAUUGCGGAAUGAUGAAUUGUUAGCCGAUUUGAGUGAUUUGCUAAAAGUUGCCGAAAAUAUCGCUUUCGAGGAAAAAACCAACGAUUCCGAUAAUCCGGCCCAGCAGAUCAAUGGAAAAACGGAAUUGGCACUCGAUUUGCGCCUGCCCGCUGCCAAAAUGCGGCGUAAUCUAGAGUUUCUCGAUGCUUUUGAGGAGAAAACUUCCGAUUCCAAGCCGCCCGCUGUGGCUGACCAGCAGAUCAGCAAACUGCAAAAUUACCGCCAUAUGCAAACUUCCAAUAAGAGUCCACGAAUGGUUUUGGACGCCACGAAGAGCGAUGUACCAUGCAACAACUGCAUGUUCAUGGACGGCAUGAGCAAACGUAUGCCUUGCUACAUCUUUGUGCCGCCUGAUGUGGACGAUGGAGAGCCAGUGGAGCGCCCGGCAAAGGGCAGCCGAGCCAAACCCCUGUACUUGGGCAAUGCUGACUUCAUGAAGGAUUGGAUAGCAGAGACGUCGAUUGAUCUGGGCUACACCAAGAGCCGAGCAGCAGUGGAGCCACUGCUAGCACAGACAUUGAACAUCAGACAUAGCGACAGCGAUCGACUCGAUCCGAGAAUGAUGCGUAGCAUGGCCAGGGGGCUACGCCGGGAGUCUGCCGAAUCCUAUGAGAUUGAUGAGGAAAUGAGGAUCGAAAUGCCCGUAGAUGCCGUUGGGUUGGAAUGGAAGCUGCCGCCGCAGCGUGUCCAGGAUGGCUGCAAGAUCGGCUCCAUCAUCCCGAUCUCCCUGAGCUGUGUGUACACUCCCUUUCAGUUCUGGUUCCACAUUUUGACAUCGCAGUACGCCAAGAGUCCUGUCGCCCAGAUGACCACUGGUCUGGACUUGUUCUACCGCACUACGAGGAUCAAGACCUACCUCGCUGCGUUGCCCAGCUUCUUCUACAAGGAGGGCUUCAUAUGCGCCGCCUACAGCGAUAGUGGCUGGCGACGUGGUCGUGUGCUGCUCACCGCGCCCUUGGAUGCCGCCUGGGUGUACAUAUACUAUGUGGACCAUGCCCAAUCGGUCGUAUUGGCACCCAGGUAUCUCAGAUUCUUGCCGCUGAGCUUUGCGCGCGUACCGCCACUGGUUUAUCGCGGCUCCCUGACGCACGUGCUCCCAUUGGCCGCCCACUGGCCAUUCAAGAGCAUCACCGCAUUCCAACGCAUGACGUACCAGAACUUAAUGUACGGCCAUGUCAUCGAACUGGACGCCGAUGAGGGUAUAUUCUAUAUGCGACUGUCGCGUGACGCGAAGUUUGCGCCCACCAUCAACGAGGAUCUUGUCAAGGCGCGUCUGGCUGGGAUCAGGGACUUCUAUGACAACAGAAAGGUGCGCUAUGCGCGCGAACUGCUGCCCAGCUUCGGGAUGCUCGAGUCGCGCAUUAUGCCGCUGCACGAUGAAAAUUUCGAGUGCUUCUUCGAUUCGAUCAUCUAUUCGGAGUCGUUCCACAGGGACUACCAGGUGCCCAAGCCGCUCAAUCCAUUUCAGGUUCGCCUCUUCGCUGCCCUCAGCGACUGGAUGCUCACCUAUAGAAGCCAGCAGGAGCACUGGCGCCGCGUCCGCAGGCUGGCGAUCGAGUGGGAAAACCAGGGUCACCAGGAGCGGGAGCGGGAGCAGGAGCAAGAGUAGGAGCAGAAGAGGAAGGGCCACAGCAGCCGGAGGAGAAGCCUCACAAA